CGGAGUGCCGUCACCCGGAAGUGAUCUUGGCAGGUCAGAGGGCAAUGCUCUGGUCUUUGGGCAAAAUUCUAGGGUAGAAGCUAAUCGCUCACAAACCCGAGCGUUGCCGCCGAUGUUUUUCGCGUCACUUCCGUGUUACAUAUCCGCCUCGCGUUUAUCUCGGACUCCUCCCCUCCCCAUUCCCGGCAGCAGCAGAAAAAUGCCUUUGAGGCUUUCUCCGCCAUCUCCUCCAGGUGCUGAAAGGAAAAGAGUCGCCAUGCGGCCAGCUCAGGGCGGGGUGUCCUUCGAAGAGGUGGCCGUGUAUUUCACCCAGGGGGAGUGGGCCCUGCUGCGCCCAGCCCAGACAGCUCUGUACAAGGAAGGUGCGCACUGGAGUACUCAGCAGCGGCCGGCGAGGGGGCAUGGCCAGCAGCUGCAGCAGCACUGGGAGAGCUCUCCUUCCGCUGCACCCACCAGAGAGAGGUGCCCAGGCUCGGAGGAAGCCACGACUUCCAUCCCCGCCAACAAAACGUCUUUGCCCGUCGGGUGA